CCAAACGUUUUCUCGCAAACUUUCAUUUGUAGAAAAUUUUGAAAACUAAAAAAUCUUGUAAAAGUGAAAGAGUUAAAUAAAUAGUGACAAAGAGUUAAAAAAGUUAAACAAAUACAAAACUAAAUUAUUUGAACAUAAGUUCAGAAGUUUGCAACUAGAUAUGGACGCGGAUACCUUCAGAGCAUUCGGUAAAGCUGCUGUGGACUUUAUAGCCGAUUAUUAUGAGAAUAUACGCAAUUGCGAUGUUCUACCUUCCGUAGCGCCAGGCUAUUUGAUCAAACAGCUACCGAAAGAGCUGCCAGAAAAUCCACAACAAUGGCAGGAAAUUCUGCAAGAUGUUAAUAAACUCAUCGUACCCGGCUUAACUCAUUGGCAAUCACCGAAUUUCCAUGCAUUCUACCCAACUGGCUGCUCGUAUCCAUCCAUUGUCGGAGAUAUGCUUGCUAACGGCUUUAGUGUGAUCGGCUUUAAUUGGCUCUGCAGCCCCGCUUGCACCGAGUUGGAAGUAGUUGUUAUGGAUUGGUUGGCGAAAUUCUUCAAAUUGCCAACACAUUUCCUACACUCGACCAAAGGACCUGGUGGCGGAAUUAUACAAGGUUCAGCCAGUGAGGCUGUACUAGUCGCUGUGAUGGCGGCGCGUGAACAAGCGGUGCGACGCGUGAAGGACGCCCAACCAGAGCUGAGUGAGGGUGAGAUACGCGCACGCCUUGUCGGCUACUCCAGCGAUCAGAGUAAUAGUUGCAUAGAAAAGGCGGGCAUUUUGGGCACAUUGCCGAUACGUUUAGUUGCCGUCGAUGAGUCUCUGGUAUUUAACGGCACACAGUUAGCCAAAGCAGUGAAAGAGGACCUGGCGAAGGGGUUCAUACCUGCAGUUUGCAUUGCUACAAUGGGCGCCACAGGUACUUGCUCGUAUGAUGACAUCGAGUCGCUGGCGACUGUCUGUGAGGAGCAUAACAUAUGGUUGCAUGUGGAUGCUGCUUACGCGGGCUGCGCAUUAGCAUUGGAUGAGUAUGCGCAUCUACGGCAAGGAAUCGAUCGCGUCGAUUCGCUGAACUACAAUCUACACAAGUCAAUGCCUGUACAUUUCGACUGCACAGCUAUGUGGUUGCGCGACUCACAUAAGAUUGUCGAAAGUUUCACUGUGGAACGCGUCUACUUGCAACAUAAGUACGAAGGUCAAACUGAUAUACCAGAUUUUCGUCAUUGGCAAAUACCGUUGGGACGUCGCUUUCGUGCACUCAAAGUUUGGGUAGCUUUCCGUACUCUUGGCGCUGAAGGUUUGCGUGAACAUAUUCGCCUUCGAAUACGUCUGGCCGAGCGUUUCGAGCAGUAUGUGCUAACCGAUUCGCGUUUCGAGCUAUUCGCCAAACGUGCCAUGGGUCUGGUCUGUUUUAGAGUGAAGGAUAGUAAUGAGUUAUCUACAGAGCUUUUGAAGCGUCUAACAGAUCACAAAAAGAUCUAUAUGGUGCAAGCGAUAUUUCAAGGAAAGACUUUCCUACGUUUUGUCGUUUGUGGUAUGGAACCAAAGGAAUGUGAUAUAGACUUUGCUUGGCAAGAAAUUGAGUCACAGCUGAGCCAGCUGCUGAGGGAGCGUGAGGUUGCAGAAGUCGCAGUGAAUUCGGUGGAAGAAAAGAAAACAGAAGAGAGCUACAAGGAGAGCAUCAAAGUACCGCAAGUUCACCGCAAAGAAGACAUUGUCGGUAUCAGUCAACAACUAAGCUCGGGUCUACACCUAAGCAUAGGUGCCGCGGAAAAAUGUAAAUGAAAAUUCAAACAUAUGAACAUAUGCUUAUAUUUAUAUGCCAAUUUGGCUAAACUAGUUUAC